GAGUUUUGAAGAAAUCUGACGGGUGGGUUGGUUUGGGUUGCUGUGAGCUGGCUAUCGCUGUGGAAUGUCGGCAAGCGUGUAAACAGGCUUCUGCGAAGAAUGAUGUUUUAAAGAUCUGCAGGAAGGAAUACGAGAAUGCUCUCUUUAGUUGUAUUAACAGAAAUGAAAUGGGGUCAGUCUGUUGCAGUUAUGCAGGUCAUCAUACCAACUGUCGGGAAUAUUGUCAAGCCAUUUUUCGGACAGACUCUUCUCCUGGUCCUUCACAAAUUAAAGCAGUUGAAAAUUACUGUGCAUCUAUUAGCCCUCAGCUUGUACACUGUGUGAACAACUAUACGCAGUCAUACCCAAUGAGAAAUCCUACAGACAGUUUGUAUUGCUGUGAUAGAGCAGAAGACUAUGCAUGUCAGACUGCUUGUAAAAGGAUUCUAAUGUCAAUGAAAACAGAGCUUGAAAUUGUUGAUGGGCUUAUAGAAGGCUGUAAAACAAUGCCUCUCCCUCAGGACCCGCUUUGGCAGUGCUUUCUGGAGAGUUCCAGAUCUGUUCAUCCCGGAGUCACAGUGCACCCUCCACCUUCGACAGGACUCGAUGGAGCAAAGCUCCAUUGCUGUUCUAAAGCAAAUUCUUCCACCU